AUGUCGGCCCAGGACGCACCCUACGAUCCCUACAUCCCCAGCGGCCAGGCCGCAACGCAGCAGGGCGGAGGGAAUGCUCGGACGCAAGCACUGCAAGCACAAAUCGACGACACCGUCGGUGUCAUGCGAGAAAACAUCAACAAGGUCUCCCAGCGUGGCGAGCGUCUUGAUGCCCUGCAAGACAAGACCGACAACUUAGCCGUCUCCGCUCAAGGCUUCCGCCGCGGCGCCAACAGAGUGCGCAAGCAGAUGUGGUGGAAGGACAUGAAGAUGAGGAUGUGCCUAAUUGCCGGCAUCAUCAUCCUAAUCCUCGUUAUCGUUGUGCCCUCAGUUCUCGCGAGCCAGGGCAAGUUUUAA